AUGUUUCCACCCACUCCACUCUCUAUCCUCCGUUCAAUCCUUCUCUGCCUUCCCCUCGCCGUUAUCUUCACCUUCACCGCGCCCACCACCACCUCCGUCGUCUCGUCCGGCGGCGCCGCCACCGCUCCAACGUCUUCCACUAGCUCGACCAACAAAAGCCCAAACCCUGUUUUAUUACCUCCUCGAAAAACACUCUCACUAAAACCCCAACAAAUAAAUAACCAAACCGCCGCCGCUAAAUCCGCCCUUCCGCCGCCGAUGCCACCACCGAGCCAGCCUCAGUCGGCCGUCGAAGACGAUGACGAGAACGACGUGUCGCUGCUCCAUCUCGCCUCCGGGGUCGACCCGAACCCGAAACCCACGGAGAAGCUCGCUUUCAUGUUCCUCACCACAACCCACCUCCCAUUCGCACCCUUGUGGGAGUCGUACUUCGCACGCGCCCCCAAGAGCGAGUACAACAUCUACGUCCACGCCGACCCGCGGGUCAACCACACCGCGAAUUUCCCCGGCGUGUUCUCCGGCCGGGUCAUCCCGUCCAAGCCCACCCGCCGCCACACCCCGACCCUCGCCGCGGCGGCACGUCGGCUCCUCGCCCACGCGCUCCUCCACGACGGGUCCAACUCCAUGUUCGUCCUCCUCUCGCCCUCGUGCGUCCCCAUCCGCUCCUUCCGCUUCACCCGCCGGUUCCUGGCCGGGUCCAACCACAGCUUCAUCGAGAUACUGAAAAACGAGCCCCGAGCGUACGUGAGGUGGGCGGCGCGUGGCGAAAACGCGAUGUUCCCAGAGGUGGAGUUCGCCGACUUCCGGAUCGGGUCGCAGUUCUGGGCGGUGGUGCGCCGGCACGCGCGGGACAUCGUGGCGGACACGCGCCUGUGGUCAAAGUUCAGGCUGCCGUGCUUAAAGGACGCCACGUGCUACCCGGAGGAGCACUACUUCCCUACGCUGAUGAGCAUGGUGGACCCGAGUGGGUGCGUGCCGUGCACGCUCACUCACGUGGACUGGAGUGGAGGCCACGGGGGCCACCCGCGGAUGUACAAAGCCGAUGAGGUGGGCCGGGAGCUGAUAAUGGGCCUGAGGAGUAGCAGGCCCAGGUACGGGGAUGAUGGGCCCGGCGGGUCGAACUCAACCGUGAGUUUGAGGAGACACGACCCGUUUUUGUUUGCUAGAAAGUUCUCGCCGGCCUGCCUGGAUAGGUUGAUGGCUAUAGCAGAUGACGUGCUCUUCAAAGACUGA